ACUGCUAAACCCGACAUCUCUCUCUCUCCUACACUGUUAUAUAUUGGGUUUCACCCCCAGCAAUCUGAGGCAGGCCCUUAAAUGUGUCGUCUUCUUCUUCUUCUUCUUCUUAGUUAAUAUACAUUCUUUUACUGAAAAAAGUACACCUUCUGUUUCAGUAAUCAUUUUCCUCUUUGGUCAACCCCCAGCCUCAUUAAUGUUUGAUUCGCCUGAGCUAUAUUUAUGCGUUUGAUCUUCUCUGGCUUUCCCACCCUCUUUCCCUCCCUGUCUCCAAUUUUUUUUUUUCUUUAAAGCAUUUAUCGAGGUUACUGCCCUUGUAUGAUCGGUACAGCAAACCCAAUGGAGUAGUAUUAUUAUCAUAUAUAUACCCCAGACGACUCCAGUAUAAACAAUGGGGUCAAGUUUAUCUUCAUUCCUCAAUACUGUGGGGGUUUACUUUUAUUAAAUUUAUCACUGUGGAAUGUCGGCGAAACAUCUCAUGAUGAACAUGAAAAAGAAUUUUUAAUGAAGGCGCCCUGUUCUGUCUCCCUCAAGUCAACCAAUUCAUCUAGUACAUACAUGCAACAAGUGUUUUCUUGUUUAUAAGCCCUUUGAAUUAAUGGAGAGGCUCCAAGGACCCAUCAAUGAUCCCUGUUUCCUUGUGGGGGAGCAUCUGGAUAUCGAGUGCUUCCAGCAAGAAACCACAUUUGGAUUCAGCAGUUAUGGCCAACUUGUGGGUAAAGCUCAUAGCUUGGGUUUCGAUAGAAAUGAACAAGAAGAGGAAGCAGGACGAUUUUUGUCGCCAUUGACGAGCAGUGGGAGCUUGGAAGAGAAAAUGCCUUUCCUUGACAUGUUAGAGAGUGUGGAAUCACCGCCAUUUUUUCCCUUGUGCAAGCUUAGCUUUCAGGCAUUGUUGAGUAUACAGCACCAUAACAAGUCCUUCACAUCUGAAGUAAUGGAGUACUGCAGCUUUGGUGGCCAAGUUCAGGCACCGGAACAGUCGAAGAACUGCUCUCACUCGCCCUCCGUAGAGUCCCAAAGCAAACUGGAGCGGCAACAGCACCCAGAAAUUUCGACUUUGUAUGGCACCGGCGGCAGUGUGUGCAAGGAAGAGCAAGCCAAGGCGGUGGAGGGGGCGAGAGAUGCCCGGUUGAUGAUAUCGCCGGCGGAGGGGAGCGGCGGCCGGGAGAACAGAAAGAGAAGGACAAAGAGAGAGGCGAAGAGCAAAGAAGAGCUGGAGAGGCAGCGGAUGACCCACAUUGCGGUGGAACGCAAUCGGAGACGCCAGAUGAACCAGCACCUCGCUGCACUCCGGUCCCUCAUGCCUUCCUCCUACCUUCGCAGGGGUGACCAAGCGUCCGUAAUCGGAGGGGCCAUAGACUUUGUGCAGGAACUGGAGCAGCUGCUUGAAUCACUGCAAGCCAAGAAGAAGAUGAGGAAAGCCGAAUCAUCAUCAGUUGGCUGCUGCGAAACCGCAACAUUUACAAAACAGGUCGAAAGGAAGUCGGGGUCGGUGGAAGUGAAAGUGAGAGUAAUCCAUAAGCAUGUCAAUCUCAGGAUGGAGUGUCCAAGGGAGCCCCGGGGCCACCUGCUCCACGCCAUUCUUGCUCUCCAACACCUGGGCUUAAUGGUGUUGCAUCUCAACAUUACGUCCAUGGAAGCUUCGGUUCGAUACUCUUUCAGUCUCAAGAUGGAAGAUGAAUGUAAGGUAGGAUCGGCGGAGGGGAUAGCAGAGGCAGUUCUUCAUGGAAUGUUGAGCUUCAUCACCGAUACCGAGGGAUCAUAGUCAACAAAACGAGAGCUACAAAAAAUGGUUAAUAGAAAAAGGAGGUGGGGGUGGGGGGGACAGUGCGCCACCCCGUGCACGUUAAGUCUUCAUGGGCGCAACUCUGCUCCACUCUGGGCGCAGAGGGGGAAGGGAUAAGGAUGCAGCAGAGUGUGGGCGGUUGGUGGUGGUGGGGGCAUAUGCAUGCAGCAUAGCAGAGACAGAAGAGAGAGAGAGAGAGAGAUGCCUGGAUGUACGUACCGUUGAGAGAGAGAGAAAGAGAUGCGUGGAUGUACGUACGGUUGAUAUGAUUUUUGUGUAUAUAUGUGUGUGUGUGUGUACGUUUGUUGGGGGGAGAGAGAGGGAGGGAUGGGGUUGUGGGUAUAUACGGGAAUGAUGAUGAAUUUAUGUUGGCUUGGCGCUGGGUGUGUGUCGUGUGGUGUGGUGUCUGCAUCCGGGUCUCGUCUCAAUUUCAAAUGUCUUCAUGACCCCAAACGCCCAAUUGAUUUUGAUCCCUUUUGGCAUGUAUUUUGA